UUUUUUCUCAUUCUCCGUUGACGCUUGCCUUACCUUCAAUAUUCUCCUUCUUCUUCUUCUUGCCUUUUGUCUCUCUGAACCGCCAUGGAUUCAAAAGCUUCAACCGUGGCUCCAACCCAGUCAAAGCCUAAAGAAAAAGACUUCCUGAACCAUCUCGAAGCUUACCUCGCCAAGCGAGACGGCGUAGACAAGCUCCUCAAAAUCUCUCGUUACGCCACCAAGAUCAUAUUAGCCUCCUCGGUCCUCCCCGAAACGGUCCCACUAACUCGCCGACUCAAGAGCUUCGAGUCGAGCGUCGGACUGAGUCGGAAAGCGUUUCGACUCGGGAAAUUUGUUCAAGACGUUAACGCUCUGAGAAACUCCCAUUUGGAUUCGAAGCAAGAGAUUUUCCUCUCAAUCAUCGCCUACGGCGGCGAGGGUUUAUAUUAUUUCGUCGAACAGUUUAUUUGGUUGGCUAAAUCAGGAUUAAUCGACGCCAAACAUUCCCGCAAUUUGCAAAAGCUCAGUGCUUGGGCUGAGUUCAUUGGGUACAUAGGAAGUAUUAGCCUUAAAUUUAGGGAUUUAAAGAGGAUUAAUGAGGAUGAGGCGUGUUUGAAUUCGAGUAUUGAGAUUGCGGUUUCGAGAGGAGCAGGCUGUAAGGAAGAAGAAGAAAGGAGAAACAAGUUGAGAGAAAAGAAACUGAUGAAGAAACUUUCAGUUGUUCAAGAUUUGGCUGAUGGGUUAAUGGCAUUGGCUGAUAUUCAAGACGGCAAAGGAAGGUUUUCGGAUCCUCUUGUGGUGUCUUGCGCUGGACUUUUAUCGGCUCUCAUUAGUACCCAUAAAAAUUGGGUUUCUUGCUAGUUUGCACCUGUUAGAUGGUCAGAUAACAGCAUAACAUAAUGUGGAAAGGUACACGCUUGUUGCCAUCAAACCAUCAACAUCCUGAGCUUAGUUAAAUUUUUCUACUAUUUUUUGCUCAAACAUCAUCGGAACAGUGACCUUAAUGCACUGCAAUGAAGUUAAUGGCUGCUAUUUGUUUCCCUUUCUUCAGUGUGAAAUCUGCUUUAUUUAUAAACUAUUCUCGUACUGCAAUAAGGAUUACAU